GUCCGUCUCUGGUAGGUGUGGUGAGAAAAGACUGGGCAUCUCAAACUAGUAUCGCCCUCUCCUGGCAGGAAACUGAGCAGCCACAUGCUGUCAUCCUGGACUACGAGAUCAAGUAUUAUGAAAAGGAACAGGAACAGUUAAGUUACUCCUCUACACGCACAAAGUCUCCGAGCGUGAUAGUGGCCGGACUAAAGCCCUCCACGGUUUAUGCUUUCCACGUGCGUGCUCGUUCCCUCGUCGGCUUCAGCAGUUACAGCCCCAAGUUUGAAUUCGCCACAGGAGACGAGAACUCUGAGGAGGCAGCUGAUCAGGGCCAGGUGUUGGUGAUUGUUACAGCCACAGUGGGGGGCUUCUCUCUCCUCGUCAUUCUCACCCUCUUCCUUCUCAUCACUGGCAGGUGUCAGUGGUACAUAAAAUCUAAGAUAAAGUCAGAAGACAAAAAAAGAACACAGUAUCAAAAUGGGCAUGUGCCAUUCCCAGGAUUAAAGACUUACAUUGACCCGGACACUUAUGAGGACCCCUCACAGGCCAUUCAUGAGUUUGCCAAGGAAAUCGAUCCAUCUCGUAUCCGAAUCGAAAGAGUCAUCGGAGCAGGCGAGUUUGGGGAGGUGUGCAGUGGCCGGCUCCGUAUCCCAGGAAAAAAGGAAAUUCCUGUGGCUAUAAAGACCCUGAAGGGGGGAUACACUGAGCGUCAGAGACGGGAUUUCCUGCGAGAGGCGAGCAUCAUGGGACAGUUUGAUAAUCCUAACAUCAUCAGACUGGAGGGUGUGGUUACAAAGAGUCGGCCUGUGAUGAUAGUGGUGGAAUACAUGGAGAAUGGCUCCUUGGACUCUUUUCUGAGGAAGCAUGACGGACACUUCACCGUGAUCCAGCUGGUUGGUAUGCUGCGUGGCAUUGCCUCAGGUAUGAUGUACCUGUCCGACAUCGGCUAUGUCCACCGGGACCUGGCAGCUCGAAAUAUUCUAGUGCAUGACAACCUGGUGUGUAAGGUGUCGGACUUCGGUCUGUCCAGGGUGCUCGAGGACGACCCGGAGGCAGCUUACACCACCACAGGGGGUAAAAUCCCCAUCCGCUGGACCGCUCCCGAGGCUAUUGCCUACAGAAAGUUUUCCUCAGCCAGUGAUGCUUGGAGCUACGGUAUUGUCAUGUGGGAAGUCAUGUCAUAUGGAGAAAGGCCCUACUGGGAGAUGUCCAACCAAGAUGUGAGUCACUUGGGGGGUAAAAUCCCCAUCCGCUGGACCGCUCCCGAGGCUAUUGCCUACAGAAAGUUUUCCUCAGCCAGUGAUGCUUGGAGCUACGGUAUUGUCAUGUGGGAAGUCAUGUCAUAUGGAGAAAGGCCCUACUGGGAGAUGUCCAACCAAGAUAAUUUGUAA